CGCGAACUUCCUGCACCCCGCCUCCCCUUCCAUACACCUGCCCGCCUGUCCUUCCCAUAGCCCCUCUCGCCAUGUCCCUUCACAUCAUCGGCCUUGGCCUCUCCGACGCCAAGGACAUCACUGUUCGCGGUCUGGAGACCGUGCGCAAGUGCACCAAGGUUUUCCUCGAGGCUUACACCAGCAUCCUGCUCUGCCCCAAGGAGGAGCUGGAGGAGUUCUACGGCGUGCCGGUUCUGCUGGCCGACCGCGAGCUCGUCGAGCAGGGGUCUGAUGAGAUCCUGGACGCGGCGGCCGCCGGUGAGGAGGUUGCCUUCCUGGUCGUUGGCGAUCCGUUCGGCGCGACCACCCACACCGACAUGGUCCUGCGUGCGCGCGAGCGUAACAUCCCCGUGCAUGUCAUCCACAAUGCCUCGAUCAUGAACGCCAUCGCCUGCUGCGGUCUCCAGCUGUACUCCUUCGGCCAGACGAUCUCCAUCCCCUUCUUCACCAAGACCUGGCAGCCGGAUUCCUUCUACCCCCGGAUCAAGUCCAACCGUGAUGCUGGCCUCCAUACCCUGGCCCUGCUGGACAUCAAGGUCAAGGAGCAGUCCGAGAUCAACCUGGCCCGUGGCCGCAAGAUUUAUGAGCCUCCCCGUUUCAUGACCGUCCGCCAGGCCGCCGAGCAGCUCCUUCUGAUUGAGGAGCGCCGCGACGAGGGUGUCUGCGCUCCCAAGUCCCUGGCCAUCGGCAUGUCUCGCGUCGGUGCCUCCACCCAGGUGAUCGUGGCUGCUCCUCUGGAGAAGUUCGCCGAGGCCGAGUGCGACGAGGUUUUCGGUGGCCCCCUGCACAGCCUGGUGCUGGUUGGCCCGAAGCUCCACCCGAUCGAGGCGGACUUCAUCCGUGGCUUUGCCUGUGAGGCCCUUGGCGGCCUGGAGGCCCUGAACGAGGUGAUCGUUGUUGAGGAGUAGGGAGCACGUGUCCCUGGCCUUGCUUUGCCUCUCCGAGCGGACGGGGUGCGCACCAUUCGUCUGCCCCCCUCUCCCCC